GCGCUUGGGAGAGGGACUUCAGGGUCCCUGGCUGGACCCACGGCCUUUGGCCAUGAAAUGAGAGCCUCGACCUUCUCCGUGCUGUACGCGGUGUUCCCACCAAGGUCCGUGGGCGGCGCGAAGCCACUAUAAGGGGUGUCCACGCGAGCCGCCUCCCGCCAUCAUGCACACGCUGACGCUGCUGCUGUUGCUGCUGCUGCUGCUGUUUCCGGCUCUGGAGCUCGCCCUGCAAGCCCCGCAGCAGCCCCAGGAGACGCGCGCCAAACUCUGCGGCCACCACCUGGUGCGCGCACUGGUGCGGGUGUGCGGGAGCCCGCUCUGGUCCCCCGAAGUUACCCAGCCAGUGGACGCCCGCGACCGGGAGUUGCUACGGUGGCUGGAGCAGCGGCAGCUCCUGCAUGCGCUUGCGGCUGACACGCUGGACCCUGCGCUGGACCCUGGCCCGCAGCUUCCUCCCCAGGCUCCUCAGCGCCACCGCCGCAGUUCUGCCAUGAACCCUGCACACCGCUGCUGUCUCACUGGCUGCACUCAGCAAGAUCUGAGGCGCCUCUGUCCCACCUGAGGGGGGUCCUGGACUCAGGCGAUGGGUCCUUGAUCGCUCCUCCCCCAACCCACCCCCCCCGUCAGGAUGCUCUAUACCUCCAGGACCCUUGUGAAUGCAACAGCCCGGGUUUGCCUCGGAGGAGUCCCAGUUAUUCUUAGAUCCCAAAAAAGGAGGGAGGGUCACACGUCCUGCCCCUGGAGGAGCCUCCCACAUGCCUUGUGUCAUUCCCCCUACCCCUUGUGUCCCCGACGAUCUAAAUAAAAAAGCAACUUCACAA